AUGUCGGCUGAGCAAGCGCUGCAGAUUGUUCGGGGCAUCUCGCAAGCUGCAGAGAUUGAAAGCGCUGGCACAGACAACGCAGAAGGCCUGCGGGAGGCUGCAGGUCGGGUGUGUGCCUCGCUGAUGUUCUUCCUCGAGCACCCAGACAGCAGGGUCCAGGUUCAUUGUGCGGGCACCAUGAAAAAGUGCUUUGAAAGAUACUCCGACGCGAUCAGCGCUGAAGACAUGGUCAAAGUCAGGCGGGCGUACACUCGCUGCAUCCAGACCGCAAAGGAAAACACGCUCGACGGCGACCGUCAGGUGGCCUUGAGGAUCCUGGGCUGGAUUGUCAGCCGCGCUGAUGGUGAAGACUAUGCCAGGGCACAGAACGACGAGGAGGAGGACCUGGUCACCUGCCCAGCCAAGGAUCGAGGAGGCCAGGUGGCAGUGAAGGCCGUGGGUCAGAAAGAUGAUGAGGAGCUCCGAGCAGGCUUGCUAGCCGAGGUCAUCAAACUCCCUCAAGUCGUCAGUGUGACCUUUGAGGCCUUUGAAAACCACAUUCCACCGCUGAAGACGAGUCGAUUGGAACGUCUGUCGUUCUCACUGCUCGUGGUUGUCCUUGAAAGUCUGCCAUGGUUGCUUCUGCACGUGCAUGGGCUCAAAAUCGGAUGCUUGGUGUCAGCGGCGGUGUGCUGGAUUCUGCCUCACGUGUUCGUGCUGCUGGCAGGCGGAGUAUAUGAUUGUCGCAACCAGAUCGGCAUCGGACUCCAGAAAUGCACUGUUUCUGGCAGAUCUGCUGCUUUGCUGAAGAAUGAAAGACGUGCCAAAUCCUGA